AAGAAAGCGAGAAGAGAAAAUUGUACGUGACAAGAAAAAGAAGAAAGAGCCACGAGAGUAUAACUGGAAUAUGCCAGAAUUACUUCCACUACCAAAAGAAGAAGAGUUGGUAAAGAUACCUGUUGAUUGUUACACAAAAUUUCUUCGUGUAAAGAAGGAUGAUUGUUUUGAGACAAAAAAAGAUUUGAAGAUAGCUUUGUAUACGAAGUGUGUGGAAGAUGGCUAUCAGCUAAUUGUUGAUAGAUCAACCAAAGAUCGUUUUGAAACAAAGUGUAGACAGGAUAAGAAUUGUACAUGGCGUAUGAUUGCGAAGAGGGUAACAGGUUGUGAAAUGUUCCAAGUAAGGACUUUCAAUGAUCAACAUAUUUGUUCAAGAACCUAAAUUUACCCUCACCAUAGACAGGCAAACAAAAAGGUGUUGGGUGGAUUUUUGUCUGAGUUGAUGUUUGUGAAAGGAAAAGUAUAUAGGGGUCAUGAGAUUAUGACCGACAUGAAUGCCCAAUUCAAGAUUAAUAUAUCAUAUUCUCAAGCUUGGAGAGCCAAGUUUUAUGCCUUGGAAUUGUUGAGGGUGUCACCAGAAGAUUCGUUUGCCCAACUGCCAGCAUAUUGUCAUAAUUUAAAGCUGAAAAACCCUGGGUCGGUAACUCAUAUCAAAACAGAUAAAGAUGGACGUUUUGAGUUGUUGUUUAUCGCCAUUGGUGCUGCGAUACGUUCAUUUGUUUCUUUCCUGCGACCAGUUAUUAUAGUUGACGGGGCACAUCUAAAAGGCCGAUAUCUUGGAACAAACUUAUUAGCAGUAGGCAUGGAUGCUAAUAAUGGGAUACUACCAAUAGCUUACGGAGUUGGAAAAUCUGAAACCUCUGAAUCAUGGACAUGGUUUAUGGGGCAUCUUAGGGAUUGCAUAGGUAAUGUUAGCAAUUUGACAAUCAUUUCUGACAGGGCAAACUCAAUUGAUACGACUAUUAGAAGGUGUUUUCCAGAUGCUUUUCACGGCCUAUGUGUUGUUCAUUUGCUUAGAAAUCUAAAAGCAAGGUCUGCCAAUAUAAAACAUCAUUCAUGGACAUACUGGAAAGCGGUCAAAGCUUAUCGAGAAGUGGACUUUAAUAGGCAUAUAAAUCUUUUGAGAAAUGUUGUGCCCGAGUGUGCUCAAACACUACAAGAGUUUGGGUUUGAAAGAUGGUCAAGAGUACACGCACUUGGAGCAAGGUAUGGUUUCAUGACAUCUAAUAGUGCAGAAUCAAUCAACUCUCUAAGUCGCCAUUCAAGAAAAUUACCCAUUACCAUGUUAAUGGAUUUUUUCUGUGCAUCUCUUCAAGAGUGGUAUUAUAGGAAAAGAAAUAUUGCAGAAACAUUGGAACAUCGUGCUACACCAUGGACUGAAAAAAAGAUUGUAAAACGUGUUGUGAAGUCAACAUCAUGGAGAGUUGAACCAUGUUCAAACACAUUAUUUCAAGUUAUAGAUCAUAAGCUGAAUGGGCUUGUUGAUCUUGAUGCAAAGACGUGUACCUGUGGUAAAUGGCAAAUUUCUGGUUUUCCAUGUGGCCAUGUGAUAAAAGUUGCUCUUCAUCUAAACCAAGAUGAUUCAACUAUAUACGCUAUGGACGGCUACACUUCAGAAGUAUAUCGACAAACUUAUGCCGAAAUUGUCUAUCCCAUACCACAUCCUUCUGAAUCGGAGAUACCAAAUAACUUACAAACAGUUCUGCCACCAGUCAUGGACAAAAGACUACCUGGUCGACCCAAAAACUUUGAUUGUAUACCGUCUAAGGGUGAAGAGAGAAAGACAAUAACAUGCAGUCGUUGUAAGGAACACGAUCAUACAAGGCUGACUUGUGGUGCACCCAUGCCAUCACAAACAUCUUUUCCUACACCGAGAGAGUAUGGUUCUUAAUCAAGAUCAAAAUCAAAAGGGAAAUCAACAUCGACUUCACACUCAUCUCCUUUCGGUACUGUUAACUUAGGGGAAUAUUAGUAUUAUGUUUCUAAUAUGUAUUUGAAGCUUUGUAUCCAUGGACUAUGUAAUAUACUAGUAUGUUUGCUUUAAAAAAAAUAAACUAGUAUGUUUAAAAAAA